AGAAAGUGAGAACAGUGAUACAUCGUGGCUUCUGAUGUGAAUUGGAUGCUCUGGUGAAGCGGAAACCAGCAGGGGAAGAGGAAGUGAAGUGAUAUUUAAGAGAAAUGGGACUGGCCGAGAGAGAAGCCGAAAUGCAGGAGUUAGAAACAUCAAGACCCGGUAGAUCGCGAGAUCUCUUUGGUGUUCAACUAGAGGUAACUUCCUUACUACUGGAAGGUGAACGCCGUAAAUUAGCAGUUCUUCAACGAGAACUGCAAGUUGCACUCGAGGAAGGAGGAAGUGUGAAAGUUAAGGAGAAACAGAGGCAGGAGUUGCUGCAUGCCAUAUCAAAAAUUCAAGGACAACACGAGCAACUCGACAAGGAAUACAGAAUCCAUGCUGCCGGUGUUCUCUUAUGCAACUCAAGGGGCUCCGGGAAGCACAAAUCGAGUAGUUGAAUCAUACAAAACGAAUCACGAAAGCAAAGUAAGAAGAAGCUCGAAAAAACUACUUCAAUCAUGAAAUUUUUACUUGCUAUUACACUCAUC